AUCCUUCUAUUCGUAGCAGUAGCACAGCCGACGUUAACGCGGAUGCGACUCUACGUGCUUCUCGCCUCAUUCGGCUCUCGUCUCCUUUGUCCACCCGAACCUUCGCGCUUCUGUCGCAUUUCGACAUCUUUCCAGGGAGAUUUGUCUCGGACCACCGACUGAAUCACGUUGCUCUUGAUCGGUUCGUCGAGAAACUGGACGCACCGUGCGACGAAUCUUUUCGCGAUUCGUUUGUUCUCUCUCGAGAGAUUCGACUCGGGUUGUUCUGGCACAAAUUACAUUCGCUUUCGACACGAUAGCUGAAUUCGAAAGAAUUCGUGAUUUUCCCCUCGACAGAGAUAAAGUCCGGUCCUAUCAUUUAUCGUCGCGACGGCGCGAAGGCGACGUGACUUUGCGAAAACUCCGGCGAAGACGAUCAACAUCCAGGGAGAAGUAAUAUUCGCACUUUGCGAAGAGUCAACCACGAAGAUAGGCGGUGAACGUUCCUCUCGCCAGCAAGGAUUCGAGAAAGCGAAAGUUCGCGAGUUUUGCAGUAUUGCUACGCAUUCGGAUAGUUGAAGACCUUUGCAAAGAUUUACGGGAACAAUGAGAAACGUAUUGUUGAGGUCAAUCUACAUCCUUCUCAUAUUGAGGACACUCGUCGCUGUGGGAUUUCCAACCAACACAGAAGCAGAUGACAAAACUUCUUUAGAGAAGAAUAGUAUCAUAGGGGAUGUCGCCAAGAACGAUGCGUAUGCAUCAGUUGAGUCUUACAUGUGUAUUCAUAUACCACCCGAGCUGAAAAAUUGCAAUUUUCCUAGUUACCAUAAGAACAUGGAAAACUCUCGUUUGCUGGAAAAUACAUGGAUAGAGAGAAGAAAGCGCGAAUUAUUAAAUGAUAACAAAGAGAACAUGCCAGACUCGUCGACAAACAUUUCGGAAACGGAAAAACGAUUUCCGAGGCAGAGACCCGAAAAGAUUAUAAUAUAUGAAAUACAAAGAUGUGUACCGCAUCGGUUACCAUUUAUUUUGCCUUGGUGUACAAAAGAGGAUCUUGCCGCUAAAGAGAACGAGAUUUAUCGACUUACUCCUUUCGUGAGAAAAAAUACCUCGACAACAUCGUUGGAACAUCCGGAUUAUGAUGUAUAGAUAAACUCAAAUUAUUAAACUCGAAAUUUAUGCUAUGACCAAAGUUUGAAAUCUAUAAUUACGUGAAUUUGUUGAGCUCUUGGUAUUUUGGUCGAUUAUUUCUAUUGGUUUCGUAAGUACGUAUGAUAGAAUU